CCACACCACAACACAUUCAAGCUGAAGAAUCUGUUGCCUGUGAAUUAUCUUUGCCAACAUGAGGAAGCACGCUAUUGGAUGUGUGUACGCCAUUGGGAUGUGUAUCCUCCUCAGUCUGUUGACUUUCAACAACAUCUGUGUGACCAGACCAUCUGUACAGUUCAAACAUAACCAAGACGAUGCGAGGCCAAGCAGGACGUGUGCCUCUCCCAAAGACUGUCCCUCCAACAGCAUUGCUGUCUAUAUCAGGAGCGGGCUGGCCAACGCAAUCGGACCAGAGAUUUGCAUCAAUGGCGAACUGAUCCUGAGUGGAACAAAGAUCAACGUGGGCAUUGGGUUGAACACUGUGCUGCUGAAUGGAAGUAGUGGAGGCAUUAUAAGCAGUGGAUUUUAUACAGGAGCUGAUAAGAUGCUGGAUUUCCUGAGAGGCAUUGGGCCUGGUCAAAUCCUGCUUGUGGCAUCCUACGAUGAUCCAUCCAUCAUACUGAAAGAGGAGUCUCGUGAGCUACUCCGAGGGCUGGGGAGCUCUGCUGCUCAGACACUAGGGACUCGCGAUGGCUGGCUCUUCGCAGGACAGAAAGGUGCAGAGGGAAGCGCAUUUGAAAAGCACAUUUCAAGUGAUGAGAAAACCAACACCUUUGACAAGUGGCCUGCAGUUAUCGAGAUCUCAGGAUGCUUCAAGAAGACCUGACUGGCAUCUAUUGUCGUUCCCACACUACCCCAUUUGUUAUAAGCUCGCUACAUGAAUAUGUAAUGUAUUGUAAAGUUUACUGUGAUAUCAUUUUGGUUCAUUUGUCAUUUCAUUACAUUGUCUGGUCUAACCAUGAAGCACUUUGGUUGAAAAUGUGCUGUAAAAAUGAAUCUUCUUUAUUAAAUUACUGACAGUAAUUAUUUUGUAACUGACAGUACUGUCCUGACUUGUGAAGUAUGCACACAGAAUAUGAAAAGGCAUUGAAAACUCGUAAAAACUUAAUCUAAGUCAGGGAUGUCAAACUCAGG